AUGUCUGGGGGUGGUGAUCGAGGGAGAGUGAUAUCUUCUUCUUCGAUCCUUUCUCCAACGGCAAGCGAUGGCGAUGGGAGGGAUCUCAGGGAGGAAGAUGAAGAGAACGAUGAUAAUAGUGAGAACGCAGGGGAGGAAGAGGAGACGUACUUGAGCGACGGUGUAGAAGAGGAGGACGACGACUCCGACUUCGGGGAGAACAUCCUCAAUGGCCUCGAAGACUCCGCCGUGGUCGAGGAUUGUUCUUGGUCCGUCUCCACGGUUAUCACAAAGGAGUAUGUUUUGGUGGCGCAGAUUAGAGAUUGCGGAAAUGGCUCUCUCUUCGAUCCCCGUAUCCAAUUCGCGAUCGCGAUCUCCGGAGCUUACGUUAAUGGAGUCGAAGUCGACGGGGCGCUUCACGCUGGGGAAGCAAUCGUCGCUCGCGCCCGACCGCGGCGGCGGCGGCGGCGAGCGAGAAGCCCAAUGGCGGCGGCGCCCUCGCGGAGAUCGGCGCAGAGAUCCGCCUCAUGUACAUCGCGAACGAGGGCGACAUGGAAGGGAUCCGCGAGCUCCUCGACUCCGGCGUCGACGUCAACUUCAGGGACAUCGACGGGCGCACCGCGCUUCACGUCGCCGCGUGCCAGGGCUUCGCGGACGUGGUCGAGCUGCUGCUCAAGAGGGGGGGCGCAGAUCGAUCCCGAAGAUCGGUGGGAUCGGUGGGGAAGCACGUUGGGUUUCGAUGAUCACCUCUUGCUUAGAUUCUUAGGGUUUAUUAGUUGGGGCUAAAAUUCGGUCUUUCGCUUGCGAUUGCAUGGUUUCGAGUUGAUUGUAGGAGUGAAACGAAUGCCUUUUUGGUACUUGCCAAUUCUAAAUAUUAAAAUUAGUGGAAAGGAGGGUUUUUUAGUUUACAGUCGAAUAUAAUUGAUGAAGAAUGUGUUUGAUGUUUGA